GUGUGUGUGGGAGUAGUGGAGUUUUCAUGAUAGCUGAGAAUUUGAGUCUUAUCAACGUUAUUUGAGCUCACGAGCAGCGGUUCUGCUUACCACACUGUCUUCAUAUGGAUAUCACCUGUUCUUACUAGCUGCCGUAAAUAAACGUAUUUCUACAUAGGUCUCCAGCUCCGGGUGAGUUCUUUCGACAUGAAGUGUUUGAAAGUGGACGAGUACAUCCAGAAGACUGCCUCUGUGGGAGAGACGGAGCUCUUACACCAAGAACUGGAGAACUAUGUGAAGAGCCGUCCAGGCCUUCAGGGUCGCACACUGUGUGACCGGAUCAUCAGAGCGUGUAACCAUCAACUUGGAGUUGGGCGCCCUGACUCUGACCAUAUCAGGCAACUUGUAAAGCUGGUGGAGCUUUCCCUUCAUGGUUAUGACCGUUCUGUGACACUUGUUCCUCUGAGCAGUCCGCUGUACAUGGAAAAGAUAAUUUUUCACAUUGUCAAGAAGCUAAGCUCCUUACAGGCUCACAGUCUGUGCAGCCAUGUUGCUGGGGUGCUUUGCAAUAGGCUUGCUUCGGCACAGCAGGCCGACGACUACACUGUUCUAUUGAGGAGCUGUUUCUCUGUGCUCUGGAGUGGAUUAUCUGCUACCAAAGACAAGAAAACCCUGAGUCACCGUGAAAAGCUCCACUGCCAGAUGCAAGCUCUGAGCUUCCUCAUGAUGUUGGAUACAGAAAAUGCAACUCCAUCCUUCUCUAAAGCACCCAUAUACACAGAGGAUGCCGUUGCUGAAUUUGAGAGUGUCAGUGCAGUGUUGUCUAAGGAAGAUGCUUCUUUUCUUGUCCAGGAAUUACACUUGCUUUUCGACACAUUUCAGACCUGUGGUCAGGACUGCGAGGACGAUGGGUCUAAGCAGUUUGCUAAGAAAUCAUGUGUACAUGCGUUUUCAGAAAUGCUGCUUAUUGUAAGUAAGACUCUUUGUAAGUCUGGCCACUAUGAUCUGGCGUCCACCUUCCUGAAUGAGAUUGAAAGAAAGGUCAGAGACUGUGCUGACUGUCCGUGUACAGCACUGUUGCUUGGCAAGUGGGCAGUAGAGGUUCAUUCAACAAUGAAGGCUGGUGGGGAGGGUGGCCAGGCUUUGACAAACUGUACAAGAGCUUUGAGGUCUCUCUCAGUGAACAUGGGGGACCAAGAAGCCCAUGCCGUUCUAGAAGGGUGUGGACUAGUGGUUUGGGCUGUCGAGGAUGGACACAGCCAGGGCUUAAGUGCUCCUGUACUCCUGGCCUGGUUUUCUUUCCUUGAGGAGCAACAGGAACAAAUAACAAAGAUGCUGAAGAAGAAUUUGACAUGCCCUUCUAAGAGAAGCAAACUGCAACAGGCCCUUUGUUUCAGUAUGUAUCAAGGCUUUGUGUAUGCAUACGAGAGCAUGCUUGCAUCACAGCUGGAAAACAACGAUAUACUGAACAGAGUGCUACUUUACUGCCAAGCCACAGCUGGACAGAUGAUGACUGAGCUGCGAAAGCUCCCUAGUGAAAGCCUUCUCAUUAAAGCAGUGAUUACUGUCAGCAAUUUAGUUUGCGGAUUGUACAACAGGCGUCUCUGUGACCAGGCCUUCAAGCUAGUGGAGAUUCUUUGCAGGGAUCUAUGCAAGAACUGCCCCACCUCACUGUCUGUUGAUCGGUUGAGUCGGCCUUUCAUGCUGGCCGUGCAGACGUCUCGGAGGGCUGGACAAUUGGAGCAAGCCCUGGACUGGGUGAUUCUGUGGCUGAAAGCUCUGGGUGACAAUAUUUCUACUCAUAUGGCUGAACCGGUCUCACUGUGGGUGAAAAUAAAAAUUGAUGCAGCACGUAUCUCUGAGGAGGACAUCCGACUUAGGACACUGCGUGAUGGUUUUGGUCCUGACAUCCCUGAUGAGAAAGUUUUGCUCUGCCUUUUGGAGGAAGAGUUGCGUGCCUAUAAGGAAGUGGCAGGCGACACUGCCCAGGAGCGAUACAACACUCUAUGCGAUCUUUUGGAAAUCUGCCACGAGGAAAGCUCUCACACCCACCUACGUGCUGUUUACCUUUGUGAAAUGGCCCAAGUCGUGUGCUUCCAGGAUUUCAGCGAACAGACUGACUGCUCAGCGGUUGAUUUUACCCAAGAAGCUUUAAGGUUGCUCGAAGAGGAACCAGAGAAUGCAGAGAAUGCUGAUAGACUGAAGGACGACAAGGCCCAUGCUUCACUUUGGUUCUUUAUCUGCAAUCUUGAGAAGAACCUCCAGGAGGCCAUUGAAAGGGACAAAAAACUGAGAGAGGUGCGUGAACAGUCACGAUGUGUGGCCAAUCCCAUAGGCACCAAUGAUCUUGAUUAUGAGGACAAGCAGAAAACGCAGGACAGCAUUCUGGUUUAUGAAGGCCUGCAUUUCAACCUUGCUGCAGAAAACAAAUUGUGUAAACCUUUGGAAAGAGCACUGGAUGAGUGGGCUGCUCUUCUUCAGAGUCAAGCUCUGCCUUCUGUCAGGAACUCCAAACAGACCUGCAGCUCAAUAGUUUUGACUGCAGCUCUCUUCAGACUUAUGGGAAAGCCUCUUAAGGCUCUGGAAGCUUACAAACUUGCAACUGGACUUUCACGCCACCUGUCUGACAAACAUCUUUGUGUCGGCUCCCUCUGUCAAUCAGCCAGCCUCCUUUUGGAUAUGGGUGCCCCCGAACUGGCUUUGGCACAGUUAGAGCAAGCAGGAAAAGAUCUAACUUCAGAAACCACCAGUGAAGGACCUUCAUCCAUUUCUAUGCUGGCCCUUCUGUUGAGAGCUCAGUACUACUACAGCACAGGGCAGGUGGAUAAAGGAGUGCCAUAUCUGUGUGAGGUGCUUAAAGAAGUGAAUGAGCAGAGACAUUCCAAAAGUUGGUACCUGCUUCGUGCUCGGGCUCUACAGACCUGCAGCACUUACCUGAGUUUGGACACAACCGUGCUGUCACAGGCCGAGCGCACACGUAUCACAGAAUAUGGUAUAAAUAGCCCGGACACUGCCCUGUAUGAAAGUCUGAAGCUUCUCUGUAGCCUGCUGGUCACUUUGGUGGGGAAAGGCCUGUACGGGACAAAUGGCAGCAGUUCAGAUGUGCGCUUCAUUGACCAAGGAGAUAACCUAGUGGUGAAAUGGCAGCUGCUGUCAGAGCUGUUAAACUGCUCCGUGAAGAUGGUGGCUCUUAGGAGCAACUGUGGGGCCAUCAAUGAUGCCAGGCUCCAAUGCCUAGAAGCACUUAAACUGGCUAACAAGCUGCAAGCACUCAGCAAAUGUGCUGAGCUGCUGGUGAUAAAAGCAGAGUUGGAGCUGAUGCAGGGGGAGAGAGAAGAAAGUGGAGCUGACUUGGAUAAUGUCAGAAACCUUCUGGAGCUCUGCACAGAUUUUUCUGAUCAGGUGCAAAAGACGGAGGUGAAAAUCAAGCCCAGGAAAGGUCGGCCUGCUAAGAAACCUCAGGCACCCCUACCAACAUUGGAGGAUGACUUUAAAGACAUCCUUAGCACUAGAUGGAUUGCUAAAGAACCCAUUGUUGGGGAUCUGGCCAGCUCCCCGCCUCUCAAAGCCCAGCCACGUCGUUGGCUGCCCUCUCUGGCACAUGAAUCUAACUGCGAGUGCCCCUGCUGCUCUGAGCCCUGUCUGGGCCGUGCUACUGCUCGCUGGGCUGCUACGCAGGCUGAUCUGGUUCUCCAGCUGGAUCCCAAUGAUGCCAAAGUCAGUUUAAAACUUCAGUGGGCAACAUUAUCCCGCUGUACAAGCCUCUCUGCCAAACUUGGGGCAAAACUGGCAAAAAUGUUCCCUCCCCAUGGCCACACAAAAGGUUCCUAUAUACCAUCCUUGAUGCAAGACGUGGUGGGCCGUGUGUACCUUCACAUGGCCUUGUCUGGGCUGGAGCCAAGGCUCAACAGCAACUGUGGUAUAUGGAAAGUUCUGGAAGCUGGCUUAGCAUUUGUUGAUUCCAUGCCCUCUCCUGUGCUGAGACCUGUAAGAGCAGGCCUAAUGGGUAUUAAAGCCAUUGUAUCAUUGAUCACAUUGGCUGCCAAAAAAGGGUGCAACCCAGAGGAGCUUUUCUCAAAUGUUUGGACUUGGAAUGCACCAACAGAAAAUAAAGAGCUGGAAUCAGAGCAGAAAACUGUAGCUGCCUCUUCCUUGGUGAAAAAGUCGAAAGACACUGAUAUCCCCGACAAAUCUAAGGAGGCAAAGAAGGUCAAGACUGUCAAGCCCAAGAUUCAAGCUCCAAUAAGCUCUGCGACCAGAGGGAAGUUAUUGCCUCCAAUGACCCCAGUGACAGUGAAAUCAAAGUCCUCUGUUAAGGAGCAUAGCUGUUUUGACUUCAACACUGCCAUACCCACUUUGGCUUUUACCCCUGUUCAAAAGGUAAAAGCUCCUGGUUCAGUGCGGAAAGCACCGAGAACUGUCUCCAAGCAGCAGUUUCAUGUGUUUGAAGAGUGUUCACCUGUUCAAGAGAAAACCCAACCUGUGCCUGCUGCUCCCAGACGCACAAAGAAAUCACGUUUCAAGGUGGAGUUUAGUGAUGAGAGUGACUCAGAAGCCCAGGCAGAGCCCAAAGAAAAGCUGGACAUUCCUAAAAAACGGACAACCACUAGAAAAGCUGCCCAUAGUGCUAAGACGGUCUCUGAUCAACCUUCUGAGAACAUACAGACCAAGAGGCAAGUCAGGGGUAAAAGGAGCACUGUCGUGCAUCGGGUCACAUCCUCUGAGGAUGAUGAAAGUUUGGUGUGUCAACCCGCCCCAACAAGAAGAGGAAGAAGCAGAAAAGCCUUGUCCAGCACCGAGGCGGAAACACUGGAGGAGCCGGACAAAAUGAGGACCAUUGACGAGGAAUCUAAUCACGUUCUGGACAUGAGCAUUGAGCAGCUUAGGACAUCGGACAAUGAGACUGAAGACAGUCCUGCUUCAAAUUUUGAAAUCUUACGACGGGAUAUUUGUUGCUUGGAGAGAGAAAGCUUCUCUGAGAUGAGGAGCAGAGGUCACCUGAGAGAAGGUCCACAGACCCAGCUCUCCCAUUCUGACACCAGGCCAGCAGAAAAUCUCUCACUGGAGGAUGUUCAGUCAUUGCUCUGUUCUGCCUGGCUGACCCUUCAGCACUUCCCUUCUCCCGCCAUUUACCCGACCCUCUGUGCUCUUCUGGCCUUGGCACUGGGACAGCAGGACCCUGUGACUACAGCAAUGCUACACGCCCAGUCGGUGGGCAUCACAAGCCGUCAUCGUACAAUCAGGCAUUUAGCCAGCUGUCUCAAAAAGCUGAGAAAGUCGUCAAAUGAAUUGGCAGACAAGAUGGAUGCUCUGAGUCUAAAAGAGCUCAGUUCGACUGAGCCCAAGACUUCAGCUGAACAAAGGUUGACUCAGCUUGAAAACACCUUCUCCUUCCCUACUGCUGACUCUUCAUCUUUUCCCAAGACCCACUGCCAGGAGUUUAUCCAGCAACUUCAACACCUUCCCCCAGGGGUAACGGUGUGUGUGAUGUCCAUGUUUGGAGUAAAACCUGGACAAAUGGGCGACAGCAUCAUGCUGUCACGUCUUGAAAAGGGAUGUGAUCCUGUCACUGUUCAUAUCCCCACAUCUAAGCAGCAGCACCCCAUUAGUUGGCUCGUGCAGGAGAUGGACAGUAUUUUGGUGGAACAGAAGGUUGUGAGCUGUGUGUCUGAGAAAGCAAAGUGGUGGGAAGGCCGCAGAGCGCUCGACUCUCGAGUUGAGCAUCUGUUGAAAGAGAUGGAAGAAUUGCUUGGAUGCUGGAAGAGCCUUCUUCUACCACUUUCCUCAUAUCCAGAGAUUUCCAGUCAGGCCCAGCAUCUUUACAAAGCAUUGUCUUCAAGAGGAUUCACUGGCAGUGAGGAGAUGUUAAAGGCUUUGCUGUCUGCAUUUCCUGUGCUCUCCCAGGAAGACGUACAGAGAUUUACUCUUGGAGUUUCUCCACAGUGGGACAUGGAGUGUGAUCAGCUUCUCCAAACAGCUGUGUCCCAAGUUUCAGAGAGAGACCAGCCCCAUGGUCAUGUUGUUCUCAUCCUAGACAAGUACCUGCAGAAGUUGCCAUGGGAGAGCAUCUCCAUCUUAAAUGCUCACUCUGUCAGCCGGAUGCCUUCACUUCACUCACUGAUUGGACUGAGCCUUCAGAAGGAGACUGACUCUCACUCCAUCCUGAAGCGAGGCGUGGAUACAAGGAAGGUGUACUAUGUGCUGGACCCUGAUGCUAAUUUAGGACACUCUCAGGACCAAUUCAAGCAGUGGUUUAGCCGUCAACUGGAUUGGGAAGGCGUAUGUGGUGUGGCUCCUGACUCUGGUCAGCUGGAGGAAGCUGUAGCAACCAAGGAUCUCUACAUUUACGUGGGUCAUGGAGCAGGCGCUCGUUUCUUAGACAGUCAGAUGGUCCUGAAACGACAGAUGAGAGCUUCCUCUCUGCUCUUUGGCUGCAGCAGUGCUGCUCUGGCAGUGCGUGGGGACCAGGAAGGACAUGGCAUCAUCCUCAACUACCUCAUAGCAGGCUGUCCCUUUGUUUUGGGAAACUUAUGGGACGUGACCGAUCGGGAUAUUGAUCGAUUCACAAAAGCCUUGUUGGAGUCUUGGUUAUCUGCUGGAUCUGGAGCCUCCCUCCUGGAUUAUAUGGGCCGAUCACGUCAGGCCACACAUCUGAAACACCUCAUUGGAGCUGCACCUGUGGUCUAUGGUUUACCUGUCCACCUGCAGUAGAUGGAAUGGAAAGUCCAUCAAACGUAUUUUAAAAGCAGGGUAUAAAUGAUUUUAUGCAGUAUUUAAAAUUUUAAUGGUGUGAUUAUUAUUUGAAUUUCAUUUAAACUUUUUGCAAAAAUGAAUGUAUUGGAUUGUCUUAAUUUAAACCAAUGCCUUAUUUUUUUU